UCUUACUCCUACAUCUUCUUCUUCCUCAAACAUCUUUCUUUCCUCCUAGUUGUCGAUCUCUCUCCGUUCUUGAAGAUGAGUUCAGUCAAAACAACUAUUUUGGAGGUCAAUCUUGUGUCAGCACAACAGCUUUCAGAGAAGAAAUCAUCAAAGAUGCAAACCUACGUGGUCGCAUACAUCGAUUCUAAAAAAAAGCAUUUUUCAAGAGUUGACAAAGAUGGCGACGGAAAUCCUACUUGGAAUGACAAGUUUUUUUUCGUCAUUGAUCGUGAUUCUGAGUUGUUCACUUCUACUUCUUCCAUGGUGUUGGAAAUCUAUAAGGUUCGAAGAUUCAAGAAAGACAAAAGGAUUGGUUCUGCGAAUGUUUUGCUUGAAGAUUUGAUGCAAAAGGGUUGCAGCAGUAACAAUGAGACCUUGGGACACAGAUUUAUGGCGUUCCAUGUGCGUAGAUCAUCAGGUAAUCCUCAGGGAAUACUCAAUAUUGGCGUGGUCACUCUUCAACAAACCUUCUCAAGGUUUCUUGGCUCCAAAACGUCUUUGGAUUAUAGAAAUUUAAGUUGAUUAUCGAAAACUAGCUAAUAUGCUAUCUUAGUUGGGGUUUUAUUUUAUGUGUUGUAACUCUGCAAUAUCUGCAAGUUGACAUUAAUUCUUUAUCAAAUC